AUGGCGAAUUCAAGGCAGGCUAUGUUCGAAUAUGUCAAACAAUUCGAGCAAGUCGACAACUUACUGCCCAAUACUUGGAUCGUGGUUAGGAUAGAUGGUAGAGGCUUCACAAAAUUGUGCGCCAAGUAUAACUUCGAAAAGCCCAAUGACCGUAGAGCUCUUGACUUGAUGAACGCUGCCGCCAAAGCCGUCGUAAGCGAGAUUCAUGACAUUACUAUCGCAUACGGCGUCAGUGAUGAGUUUAGUUUCGUUUUCCACAAAUCAUGCACCCUAUUUGAAAGGAGAUCCAGCAAGAUAAUUUCGACCAUAGUCUCAACAUUUACAGCCUAUUAUAUCCACCUAUGGUCAUCCUAUUUCCCAGACACGCCGUUGUCUCCUCCUCUCCCUAGCUUUGAUGGCCGAGCAGUAUGCUACCCCAAUGUACAGAACCUACGCGACUACAUGAGUUGGCGCCAGGUAGACUGCCACAUCAAUAAUCUAUACAACACCACAUUUUGGUCGCUUGUCCAAAUAGGGGGCGUCAAUGCGAAGGAUGCAGAGAAACUGUUAUCGGGGACCCUCGCUGCCGAUAAGAAUGAAAUAUUAUUCUCGAGGUUCAAUAUCAACUAUAACAACGAGCCAGAGAUUUUUAAGAAGGGCAGUGUUGUAUACCGAGAUUACGAACUCGUUGAGCCAGGCAGUCAUGACGUGGCGGACGCUGUUGACAAGCUUGGGGAGCCCGUGCAACAGUCUAAGACACAGGAGGAUAACCAUAGAAAGCGACGAGCCAAGGCGAGAGUGUUGGUGGAUCAUGUAGACAUUAUUAAAGACGACUUCUGGGAGAGACGACCUUGGCUGCUGUCCAACAAACCCGGGACGAUCCCCAAAGAGACGUAAAAGAAUUUAUCACACCCGCUCGUCAUCUUCUUAUACCGACCUUUAUUCGUACGGUUUGACUGCGAGACGAUAGAAAGCAUGCAUCUUCCAAGACGGGAUGGAGGAGACGACGACCAAAACACCUCUAAGAUUAUCGCCAUUGUCAUGGUAUCGCUCGCUUCUAUUGUAAUCAUAUAUAUAGUAGUCUUGUUCGAAUACCAUAGGUAUUUUGGAACACCCGAUGCCGUUGAGGAGCACGAACUAGAAUGAGCGAACUGCUCAUUCCCUGUGGUGAACAGCGACCCAAGUAAACUCCAGCCUAUAUAGCCUUCCACUUAGAUUUCUCGUCAUUU